GGGAGAAACGGGGGAAACUGGGAGCCUGGGGGGCACUGGGAGGACCAGGCCGCCAGGGGGGGGGGGGGGGCGGGGGGGGGGGGGGCCCUGUCCCCCCCGUGUCCCCCCCGGUGUCCCCCCCGUGUCCCCUCCUGUCCCCAGACGACGGCGCUGACGCAGGGCCUGGAGCGCGUCCCCGACCAGCUGGGCUACCUGGUCAUCUGCGAUGGCGCCGUGCUGGCCUCGGCGGGGGACCUGGAGAACGACGAGCGCACGGCCACCGUGCUGGCGGGGCUGGUGGCCACCGCCUGCGGGCUGCGGCUGCCCCGCGGCCACCAGCCGCCCUUCCGCCGCCUCUCGGUGGUGUUUGGGGACCACUCGCUGCUCGUCACCGCCUCGGCCCAGAAGCUUUUCGUGGUGAAGCGCCAGAACCGCGCCCAGGAGCCCGCCACCGCCUGAGCCGCCGUCCCCGAGGCCACCGCCGUGUCCCCAAAGCCACCGCCAUGUCCCUUGGUGUCACCCCCGCGGGGCUGAGGCAAUAAAUUGUGUCCCCGUGUCCCCAAA